AGACACACACAUCAGUGGCUUAUUUUUAUAUAAAAACUUGAAGGCAAACUUGACCGCAGUGGCUCCGAGUCGCGGGCAGGAAGGCGAGGGGGAUUGGAUCAUGCGUGGCCCUGGAUCAGCGGGUUCGGUUCUGUGGUGGCUGUCAGUGGGACUCUUAUGGGAACAGUUCAUUGGGAAAUCCGGAGCCAGCCUGCAUGUCUGUCCUGCCGUGUGCAUCUGUGCCUCCGACCUACUGAGCUGUGUCAGUCAGAACCUGUCUGUGGUGCCCGCACGGCUGCCCGAGACAGCCACCAGCCUCGACCUCAGCCACAACCUCCUGCUUCAGCUGCACGACAACCGGCUGUCUCACCUCCCUCGCCUGACCACGCUGAGAGCCAACCACAACCGCAUCGCUCGCAUCGCCGAGGCGGCUUUCCCGAGUGGCUCGCUGAUCACGCACCUGGACCUGUCCACCAACAGGCUCUACUCUGUGGAGAAGCAUUUCUUCCGGGAGCUGACGCACCUGGAGGAGUUGCUGCUGUACAACAACCAGAUUGCCCGGGUGGACGAGGGGGCCUUGGCGAGGCUCAGCAGCCUGCAGAAGGUGUACCUCAGCUGGAACCAGCUGACCCACUUCCCGUUCGGCUCGCUGCACGAGAGCACGCUACCUCGGCUAAAGAUCGUGGACAUUUCGUCCAACUGGUUCUCCUCCAUCCCGGUCGACCAGGUGAUCGCUCUGUCCCACAACGUUAAAAACGGCCUGUACCUCCACAACAACCCCCUGGUGUGCGACUGUGUUCUGUACAGCAUGCUGCUCCACUGGGAGAAAUACCAGUUCAGCUCCAUCUACGACUUCCAGGAGGAGCACACGUGCCGGGCAGCCGGGCAGCCCCGGGUCUCUCUGCGGUUCCUCAAGCACAGGAAGCUUUUCGACAACUGUACGUAUGCGAGCCACGGACUGUUGGGGUUGGUCGACAACAACUACGUGGCCACAGUGGGCGAGUCGCUGCUGAUCGUCUGUAACACCAGCUUACAGGAGCUUCACACUACCUACGUGUGGAUUACCCCCAACAAGGAGCUGAUCGGUUACCCGGGCAGCUUCAACAAGAUGUUCAAGCUCUACCCCAACGGGAGCCUGGAGAUCAGGAGAACUCAGAAAGACGACUCGGGCAUCUACAUCUGCAUGGCCACGAACAAGCAGCUGAUGCGCAACGAGUCUCAGGAGGUCAACGUGACUGUGCUCUACAGGAAGUCCGACGGCGAGGGCUUCAACACGGGGCUCACCACCCUCCUGGGCUGCGUGGUGAGCCUGGUCCUGGUCCUCAUGUACCUGUACCUGACACCCUGCCGCUGCUGGUGCAAGACGCCCCCCCCCCACCCCACUCCGCCCAACGAAUGCAGCGCCCAGUCGUCCAUCCUGAGCGCCACCCCUCCCUGCAACGAGGACGCCAACAGGAAGACCGGGGGCGGCAAGCACGUGGUGUUCCUGGAGCCGGUGAAGGAUUCCCAGAACGGGAAGAUCCGGCUGGCCGUGAGCGAGGACUUCCCCGACGUCAAGAAUCCCAAAAUCCUUCAGCUGAAGUCCGACUCCGAGUCCAUCACCUCGGUCUUCUCAGACACUCCGAUUAUGUCCUAG